CAAAUGACACUGGUACCUUACAAUCUCUAUCGAGAAGUUUAGUCUCAAGUCGACAGUUGAUUAUCUCAUUACGGAAAAUAGCUCAUCAGAAAAUUUUUCAAAAUGAUCUCGUUCGAGUCAUUUUCUCUCACAGGGCCCACUGGUACCUCCUUAAGUCUGGGAUUUGUCCUCGUUAUCCUCGCAAUUGUAAGAGGAUUAUUCGAGUAUCGAGGGUGUAUUCAACAGCUCCUGGAAGACAGGAGGAAACUCAUUAAUCUGGCUGACACCCUGCCAGGACCUCCAAUGCUACCACUCCUCGGAAAUGCUUUAGCACUGAGAGACACCGAAAAAGCCAUUCUCACCCUGUGUCAAAUGAGUCAGGAAAUGAAGGGAGUGACAUUUCGAUUUUGGCUCGGGCCGAUCCUGAAAGUGAUAGUUCCUGAUCCUCAUGAUAUUCAGAUUGUUUUGUCGUCCUCGAAGGCGGCUCAUAAGGAUGACGUUUACAAAUUAAUGAAGCCCGGUGUAAUCGACGGCCUCAUUAACGCGAAUGGCCCAGUCUACAGAGCUCAUAAAAAAUUGAUACAGCCCAUGGUCAAUGGCGGUCUAGUCAUCGAUAGAUUUGCUAAAUUGUUCAAUUCUAAGUCUGCGGUACUCGUUAAAAGACUCGAGGGGAGAGUGGGGGCAGGUGAAUUUGAAGUUAUCGAUUACAUCACAGCUUCUAUAGGCGAUAUCACUCUCGAAACAUUGAUUGGAUGCCCGGCAAUUUUGGAAAAUGGGGAAGUGUUACCGUUCUUGACGGAGACUCAAACAGCACUACAUGCCACCAUUUAUCGUAUGACAAGACCCUGGCUAUAUCCUUACUCCAUAUUCCGUCUGACAAAGAAAGGAAGAGAAUUCGAGGAAAUCAUAAAGAGAGGACACGAAUACAUUGAUAAUGUCGCCCAAGUAAUGGACAAUUACAAACCAGGAUCCCCUGAAGAUCUCACUAAAAUUCCGAUAUUACAUUUCCUCGUUGAUCACAUGAUGAAAACCAAGGAGCUAACGCCAGUGGAGAUACGAUACGAAUUACUAACACUUUUUAUUGGAAUAUUUGAGACCCUCGAGAGUGUAGCGUGUCUUCUCAUACUGAUGAUAGCGAUGUAUCCCGAGGUUCAGAAAAAAAUAAGAAAAGAAGUGAUCGAUGUGACGAAAAACGACUUCAUCACCGAACCGGAAACUAAACAAUUAAAUUACCUCGAUAUGGUGAUUCGAGAGACCCUUCGACUCUUCCCGGUGGGACCGGCCCUGCCCAGGAAAACGACAACAGAAAUAAAACUCAGCACCUGCACACUUCCAAAGAAUUGCUCGGUGAUGGUGCUACCCUUCGCAGUGCACCGGGACCCAAAAUACUGGACUGAACCCGAUAAAUUUAUCCCCGAGCGCUUCACUCCGGAAAACUCCAGACACCGUCACCCUUACGCCUACGUUCCCUUCAGUGCAGGGCCCAGGAGUUGUGUGGGUCCCCGAUAUGCUAUGGUGGCUCUGAAAGUCGUGGUUGCUCAUCUCCUGCGCUCGUACGAAUUAACAACGUCUAUGAGCCUCGAUAAAUUGCAGUUGGUCACACACAUAUCGACGCGAUCUACGAACGGGCACAUUAUUUCUAUUAAAAAGAUUGAAAUGAGUGAAAUAAUUUGAUGAAAACAACAAUUUUUAAUAAAAAUUCCGAUCUACAGGAAUUUACGAAACACGAAAAUAAAAAUGUUAUAAAUUAUCAUCGAAUAGACUCGAGGAUUAACCGGAAUUUCCGAAAAUCCUGAUUUAUCGUCCCUCAAAAAAUAAAAAUAUUCAAAUAUUCAACAA